AUAAAGGAAAAGUCGUGGAUGGAGGUCAUGACAUGCUCGUUGCCUCAUUGGAGAGUCACGACACCAAUAUGACUCCACUCCAGCUACGCAUGUGAAUUAAAAGAGCUUGCAGAGGCCGGCCAUUCUCUGUCAAGAAGAGAGAGAGAGAGAGAGAGAGAGAGGGGAUUGUGAAUGGGGGAGGAAGUGAGGAUGGCGGAGACAGCAGCAGCAACAGCAUCAGAAAAGCCAGCCCACUUUGUGCUGGUGCACGGGAUUGGAGGGGGAGCGUGGUGCUGGUACAAGAUAAGGUCCCUCAUGGAGAGCUCCGGCUACGCCGUCUCUUGCCUCGACCUCACCAGCGCCGGCGUCGACCCCACCGACCCCAACACCGUCCUCACCUUCGACGAGUACAACAAGCCGUUGCUGGACUUCCUGUCGACCUUACCGGAAGAUGAACAGGUGAUCUUGGUGGGUCACAGUGCAGGAGGGCUGAGUGUAACUCAGGCUUCAGGCAAAUUCCCAGGAAAAAUCAGGGCUGCUGUUUAUGUGGCCGCCACAAUGCUCAAGAAUGGUGUCCGCACAGAUCAAGACGUUAAAGAUGGAGUGCCAGAUCUAUCAGGAUUUGGGGACGUGCACGAUCUGACAUUUGGGCUCGGACCCGAUAAACCCCCAACAAGUACAACAAUGAAGCAGGAAUUUCAGCGCAGUAUCAUCUAUCAGAUGAGCCCUCUCGAGGACUCGACGCUGGCCGCGAUGCUGUUGAAGCCGGGACCGGUCACGGCGCUGAUGACGGCGAAGUUCCCCGAGGAGGAGGCGGAGGGAGUGGAGAGAGUGAGGCGUGUGUACAUAAAGACGGCGCAGGACCGCGUGGUGAAGCCGGAGCAGCAGGACUCGAUGAUCGCGAGGUGGCCGCCCGGUGAGGUGUUCACGUUGGAUAGCGACCACAGCCCGUUCUUCUCCGUCCCGUUCUUGCUCUUUGGAUUGCUCGUCAAGGUGGCCGCUUCUUGUGGAUGAACGAAUGAAUAAUAUUUGGUUUCUUGAUUUUGGCUGGACCAUGUCUGCGUCCUCGUGUUAUUUCGUAGCGAUUUGUUCUGCAAUUACUGUUCUUGAAUAACAAGAAGUACAUGUAAUAAUGAAAGAUCUGGAAUCUCUAAUGUGGGUUUAAUUA